UUGGCGCUGGCGCAAGCUCAGCAAGGCUACAUCCAGUGUCGGUGCAUGACGCAUAUUACAAAUUCGGUCGUACAGACCGGUGGCCGGAAACUCUGCGGUCAAAAAGGUGGUGUUCUCAGCAGCAACAGCCAACUCUGCACAAAUCUAUCGCAGAACUUUACUGAUAGGGACUGUCGGGCGAUUGGGGACUCGUUCUUCGCGACGUGUGCCACGGCGCGUUCUGCAGUCAAGAGAGGAAUCUAUAAACGCGAGAGUACGCCAAUUCAGCGAAGGCCGAAGCGUUUGCAAAUUGGCCGGGGGCCUAUCAAUUUUCAGACCGUCUCCCGGCGCACGAUUCCACACCGGCUUUCGCAGAACUAA